AUAUGAGACAUCUCUUUCUUGGUUUUGGGAAUUUUUAUCCUAUUUCAGCUUCCCUCCUCGAAACUCGCUCGACCCCAUUUCAUGAUCUCUUCCCCUUGCCUUUAAGCAUACGUUGUCUCUUUUAACGAUGGAGCGCGUGUGCUUCUCCUGUUGCAACAGCAGAGUCAUUGAGGAGAAGAGCAAGUUGUGACAGCUGAAACGCUUGCUUUUUCUGUUCUCUUUUUUUCCUGUUUCCCUCCUCUCUCCACUUGGUGACUCGACUCUGCAUAAGGAGCCGCAAUUAGCCGUGUUGAUUAUAGCCAUGAAGCGGCUCAGUAGCUCGGAUUCGUCGGAUGUCUGGAUCUCCAUGUGCUCGGGUAAAGAAGGAAACAAGAGACUAGCCCGCCACUUUCUUGUUGCCACUGCAGAGGAAAAAGUCCUAAAGAAGAGCCAAGGCUACAGCAUAGAAUUUCAGGCAAUGCUAGACAGUCUAGACCAAGAGGAUCAUUCCGGGGAAGAGGCCGGCCUGAUCACCGAGAAGAAGCGGCGGCUCAGCGCAAACCAAGUGAAGGCCCUGGAGAAGAACUUCGAGAUCGAGAACAAGUUGGAGCCGGAGCGGAAGGCGAGAUUGGCUGAAGAAUUGAGCCUCCAACCGCGGCAAGUCGCGAUAUGGUUCCAGAACCGGCGCGCUCGCUGGAAGACCAAGCAAUUGGAGAGGGACUUCGGCCAUCUCAAGGCCAGCUACGACUCUCUGAAGCUCGACUUCGAUAGCCUCGAGCAAGAAAAGGAGUCCCUAGCGGCAGAGCUAACGGAGCUGAAGGUGAAGCUCCGUCGAGAAACGUCAGAGAGCAGCAAUCACUGCGCAGUCAAGCAUGAAUCCCCCCUCUCCGAAUCCUCCGAAGACGGCAAGCCCGGGUCGUGCAGCGGAUCCGUCAAGGAAGACCCGAACCCGACCCCGGAGCUGCCCCCCUCGUCGGCUGCUCCCCCGCUCCCUCUCCGAUACGGCAGUUGCUCUACGUCCCCGCCGCCGCCGCCGCCGCCGCCGCCUCCUUCGUCGUCAAGAGGGACCACGGCGGGAAGAGGGUACUACCAUCAGGUGAGGAUGGAAGAGAAUCAUCCGAGCGGGUUCAUUUCGGAGGAGUCCUGCAACUUCUUCUCGGUCGACCAACCUCCCACGCUGCACUGGUACUUCCCAUGAAGAUUACAGCAUUAAGAUAAAGCCUAGUCAAUAAUUCCCGGGUUCUUCUCCUUUUCCCGGGGGGGGACCAUGUCCUGCUCUGGAAAUCGGAAUGCGGUGCCGUGGUCGAGAGCUGGAGUUGGCAAGUAUCGGAGUCUUCUUCUUCCCUCAAAGAUGGGGAAGUGGAACUAGAUUUGGAUCUCUCAGCAUAAUCCCUGACGAGAACAGGGUCUCUCUCUCUCUCUCUCUCUCUCUCUCUCUCUAUAUGCAGCGUUGUUAAGUAAUGAAGAGUUAGUAAUAAAAUGUUUAAUGAUUGGCGCUGUCCGUGGAGCAUGGGUUCUGAGCCCCUGACGUUGUACA